UGGGGGAAAAGAAGACAACAUUUGCCUUUUUUUGUUUCCUCCUUCUUUUUCAUUUUUUUCCCCCCAGUAGCGCUACCUCGGAUGCGCCUGAGUCCAGUCGGAGAGCGCGCACGCACCUCUCGUGGAGAGAGAGAGAGAGAGAGAGAGAGAGAGAGAGAGAGAGAGAGAGAGAGAGAGAGAGAGAGAGAGAGAGAGAGAGAGAGAGAGAGAGAGAGAGGCGUGUGAUUUCUCUUUGUACUGAAGUAAGAGUUGAGACCGGCUCUGCUUCUGCUCACCUCUCUCUUUUUUUUAUAUAAGCAGAGUUUGCAUGCUGUAAAUAGCCCAUUAAGCCGGUUCCUCUUCGCCGUCGCUCCUGUUUGUUGUGUGGACUCAGCCGAUGUCCCUUUAAGCGAUCUGUGGACAACAAAAGCUUCAGGUCCAACGCUGCUUCUUCUCCGGGGGAUUCCAAGUCACACGUUUACCAGUCGAGCCGCUUCGACUCCUUUUUGCCGUCGCCCCUUUCACACUUCCAGAUUUACGGUUUUUUAAUUUUUUUUAUUUAAAAAAAAAAAAAAAAAAAAAAAAUUCAUCGACCAUGGCUGCUGUAACAAGCCCGGAGACGAGCCCUCAACCCCGGGUAUAUUUCCAGACGCCGGGCGGCACCACGGAGGAGCCGGAGACACCCGUUCGGAAGCAGGGGCGCGUGACCGUUAAAUACGAUCGCAAGGAGCUGAGGAAGAGGCUGAACCUGGAGGAGUGGAUUAUCAACCAGCUAACGGACCUAUACGACUGUGAGGAGGAGGCCAUCCCAGAGCUUGAGAUAGAUGUGGACGAGCUGCUGGAUAUGCCCAGUGACGUUGAGCGAGGAGCGAGGGUCAAGGACUUAGUGGUUGACUGUUUUAAACCGACUGAGGUCUUCGUCUCAGAGCUACUCGACAAGAUCCGAGGCAUGCAGAAGCUCUCUACGCCUCAGAAGAAAUGAUGGCGUCCUUCCUCUUCCUCCUCCACCCUCCCCCCCCGCCAACCUCAUCCCUACGUCCUCCCACCUCAGCCCUCACCUCUCGUCUUCCUGCCGUGCUUUCCAUCUUUCCAUUUUGAUGUCGGUCUUCUUCCGUUGAGUAUUUUCUUGAAAUACUUUGACUAAACCGCGUUUCCUCUUUUCAUCACACCCUCCGCCUCCGAACCCUCUUCCUGUUAUCCUCCUGGAUCCAGUCUCCAUAAUUUGCUCUCGACCUUCCGCGAAGAAGAGAAAGUAAACGACGCAUAAUAGUGAGCAGGGGGGGGGGAAACAACAACAAGGGAUUCAUUGGUCUUUAUCCAGGCAAUCUCCUUCCGUCUCUCUUUCACUCCUGCUCCUCCUUCGCCCUUUGUUUGGCUUCACUCCUCUUCCUCAUCCCUCCCUCAUCCCACCCUCCAUCUGUCUUGUGAGGAAGAGGAAGAGGAGCAGAGACGAGACGAGGCCCAUAAUUACUCGAGAGCGGGGCGGCUGCGAAGAGCAACGAGAGUCCGCAACCGCCAAGAGAAGAGUGGGAGGGCGAACGACGAAGACGGAACAGCCAAUCAGCUUGAAGCAGGGCCUAAUCAUUGCGUUUUUUUUGUCCCUCCCGAUGAGAUACCUUAUUUAGUUAUUUGCGAGGGGUUUAAACCUGUAAAACGAUCCAGCAGCCAACCUUUUUUGGAUACUUUCUAGUUCAGUUUGAGGGCAUGGGGACAUUCACUUGACUUUAGUUUUCUUUGUAACUUUUUUAGUCAGUAGAGUUAGACAUUUGCUACAGUGGUGCAGUUAAAGACUGUCUUUCUUCUUUUUUGUGUGUGUGUGUGUGUGUGUGGAUCUGUGGACAAAUCUGCACUAUGUCAUUUUGGGAAGAAAAUCUUAACCCCUGACCACGGAGAAUCUUGUGCGCUAUAUCUUUAGUCCAACAAAAAGGGAACAUUUGAUCCCUGGAAAUAGUGGUUGAACCUUAAAAAAAGGUCGCUGGCUGCCUGUUGUGGUCGUACGGUCCAACCAAUAGACUAACAUUCUCCCCGUGAGGCUAGAGUAGAAGUAGGUCAUGUUAGGUCGGGUGUGCUUGUAUAGAAAUCCAAUUAUUGGGGGAAACUUGUGUGUUUUUUCUUUCCUCAAAUGCAUAGUGCAGUCGUAAGAGUGGUUCUUUAGAAGCCUGUGCUGUCCAGCCUGCACACGCAUGUGUACGUGUGCGUGUUGCUAAAUGCUACGUGUGCGUGUUGCUACAUAAUGUACAGCAACAUUCAUGAUAGGAGGGGUUUUCCUGGCCUGUAUAUUCUGCUGUUCUGGUGGACAAAUUCGAUUUUUUAGUAUAGGACUGGUUCCUGUUUGGUUUUUCUGAAUGCAUUUUGUCACACACACACACACACACACACACACACACACACACACACACACACAUGCGCGCUGACAGGUCGACAAGGGGACCCAGAACAAAGCUGCCUUGUUUUUUUUAAUUAUUUUUUUUUGUUUCAUAGCCCCUUUUGUGUCCUUUUCACACUUCUCUCCUUUUAUGUUAGGAAUGAUUCGGUCCACCACAUAGUUUAGUGAGACGUCAGCUCAGAGCAGUCACACAUGGGAACUGGAGCUCCGUGUUGGUGGCGAGACUUUGUAACGUCCUCUGCCUGUCGAUAGACCCACCAAUGAGACGUCUGAAUGGGAGGGAUGGAGGCCACUGUUUUACACUGAAGCUGUCAAAAAAGCUCCUUUUCUUCUUUCUCUCUCUCUCUCUCAAUCACACACACACACACACACACACACACACACACACACACACACACACACACACACACACACACACACACACACACAGGCAGGCCAGCCCUGGGGCGGAGAAAACGGAAACGUAUUAGCAAACACAGCUGCCUCUCACGCAGAUGUGCGCACACACACACACACACACACACACACACACCAAGUGCUUAGAGAGAAAAGGGGACAGAGAGAGAGAGACAGACAGGUGUCACGAGAUCUGUGUUUCCCCCGCUGCAGCUGCCAAUCAUCUCUGAGAAUAAGACAGCUGUGUCUCAUUCUGAGCCAAUCGGAUCGGAGACUGAAGCCAACAGGCCUAUUGGAGGAGCAGCAGCGUUUGCUGUGAUUCCUGUGACCAAUUGUGAAAGCAGACCUGUCUGUCUCUUGCUCUGUCACUGCCAACACACACACACACACACACACACGCACACACACACACACUGGCCCAUUUCUAUCUUGCUGCUCUGUCUUUUCAACCCGGCAUCCCCUCUCUCCUCCUCCCUCCCUCCCUCCUUUCUUCAGUUUCCUUCUUCUUUUUUUUUAAAAACAGAUGUUGCCUUAGGUAUUAUUUAUGUUACACAAACCAAAUAAACGGGAGACAUUCAUUUUUUUUAAAAGGUUACGCAAACUGCUGAACACGCACGCGUGUUACGGAGCAGAACUGCAUUGUGUGGAGAACCUUGGAUCUUCUGUCGCUCCUUUUCUUUCUUUUUUUUUGGAAAAACAAAAUGAGAUUCUGUAGUUUUUUUGUUGUUUUUUUUAGAAGUGAGUGUUUAAUACUUGAUACAGUGAUUUUAAUUAGAUGAAAUAAUGUUCUUUACAUUUACUAUUUGAAUACCGGUCUGUUUUUAUUGUGCUCUUGACACUUCUUGAUGCUCGGCCUUGGAUUACCACGUAGUAGAACCAUAAAUCCAUUCAGAAUCACUGUGGUGCGAUUGCUUUUGCCUUCCUGGUGGAUCAUGUCUGCUUUUUUGGAGGCAUCGGAUUGUACCAGGCAAGCUCAAUCAAUAGGUGAAUUUGAGUGGAUUUUAAUUCCUAAAUCCGGGUUUGGAUUAUAUCUUCUUAGACUGUUAUUGAGAAGUCUGUUUUUUUACUGUUGGCGAAAAAAUUGCAAAACAUAUAUAUAUACUGAUUUAUCAUAAUCAAGGCUAAAUACAAGAGCCAUGCGCAUUGAAGGAACGGAGAUGUUUUUUGGACAAUGAUUCGAUUAAACCAACAAACAAAUGUAGCAAUAUCAACAACAGGUCUUGUUUUUGCCCAAUUUUGUUACACUUUUAUGCAACUUUAAUAAAAACAUGUAAAAUGGAA